GUUUUGUAUAUUGGUAAAAUAAAGGUAUGGAACAAAAAGGUUCCCGACACAUUCAUCGACGACGCUUUAGAAAAGUUCAAAGCACACGAUUUGGAGAAGGCACGCAAACGCUUGGAGAAACUCCGAAGCGAAUCGUUUAUUCGCCGCGGAUCCGUUGAUAUUCAUAACGAAACAAACGAUUCUUUCGUAAAAGGACCCCAUUUAUUACAGCGAUCGCAAUCGGUUGUAGCCGAUAUCGGCUUAAAAUCGCCUGACGUUGAUUGUACAACUUUAGAGAAUGUAAAAACGAAUGAAAACGAUAAUAACGCGAGUUUCGAUAAAAAUUUUAACCCAAAAGAACGAACAAUUUUACCCAAAAUCGAUGAUCACAACCGCACGAUGGUUCUUCAAAUCGACAGGACCGAUUUACGAUUAAUUAGCCCCGAUAGAAAAGUGAUUUUAUUACAAAAACAUCACAAAGACAUCACAACUUGCGUGCGAGGAGUUAAAAAUUCGCAACAUUUCGGGUUCGUUUCAAAAGAAGGAAACAAUUUGGGCACUUUUAUCGGUUAUGUUUUUAAAUGCGAAUCACAAUCGAUAUCUACAGAAGUAGUUGGUGCGAUUACGCAAUCUUUUAACAGCGUAGAAAACAAACCGAAACCAACGAUCGUUUCCUGCGAACAUUGCCCCAUGGUUUGGUUCCACAAAUUAUGUUGCGAAAUCGAGAAUUUAUCCGAUAAAAAAACCCAAGGGGCAAUUAUAAGGAGAAUCGAACAAUUAGACGAAGAAGAGCAAACAAUAAUCUUAACAAAAUACCGCGGCGUUGAAACCGAUUCGAUUCGCGACCAAAACGAAUUGUUGAUGAUGUUAUUAAGGGCACAUUGCGAGAUGAAACAAGGCCGACACGUCCACGAUUCCAUCGAGAAUCGAACUGAAUUUUUAAAUCAAUAUUUGGGGAUCGGCGGCGGGGGAGUUGCUGGAAAUACGAUUUUUAUGAAGGCGAAGAGAUCGCUGACGACUUCUUUCGAUAAUUUGUUGAAAAGGAGGGCUUCGAAGGACGAUUUUUCCAUCUCAACUAACGGGGGAACGAAGGAAAUGACACUUCCGGUUGGAGCGGGUGAUUGCGCGGAUUGCGAAAACAAAUCGAAUCAAAAAGAUGAAUUGGAUGUUAAUGGAAAGGAUAAAAAUGGGAAUUUGGAUAAAAAUUUAAAGUCUCCGAUGAUGGAUAUGUAAGUACUAAACUUUAUUUU